AUGGUCAGCAUAAGGGAAUGUGUGGCACCCCUUGGAAUGGAGACUCACCGCAUCAAGGAUGCUCAAAUCACUGCAUCUUCAGAAUGGGAUGGAAAUCAUGCAGCAAUCCAAGGAAGAUUGAACUUUAAGGCUGGUAGAGGCAAACAAGGAGGAUGGUCAGCUCGCUGGAACAAUAGAAAUCAAUGGAUCCAGGUGGCUCUUGGCAGUUACACCAAAUUAACAAGUAUAGCAACACAGGGAAGGAAUGCUCACAACCAGUGGGUAACGGCAUACAAGCUGCAGUACAGUGAUGAUGGAGUUAACUUCUACUACUAUAAAUCACCAGGACAGAGCUCUCCCAUGAUAUUAAAGGGAAAUAGAGACAGGGACAGUGUUGUUUAUCACAAGCUGAACCCACCCAUCAAUGCUCGUUAUAUCAGACUCCGACCAACAGCUUGGUAUCGUCAUAUAUCACUAAGGAUGGAGCUUUACGGUUGCCAAGAGUGUUCAGAACCCCUUGGAAUGGAAGGUUGGCAAAUCAAAGAUGCUCAAAUCACUGCAUCUUCAGAAUGGGAUAGAAAUCAUGCAGCAAUCCAGGGAAGAUUGAAUUUUAAGGCUGGUGGAGGCAAACAAGGAGGAUGGUCAGCUCGCCAGAAUAAUGGAAAUCAAUGGAUCCAAGUGGCUCUUGGCAGUUACACCAAAUUAACAAGUAUAGCAACACAGGGAAGGAAUGCUCACAACCAGUGGGUAACAGCAUACAAGCUGCAGUACAGUAAAGAUGGGGUGAACUUCUACUACUAUAAAGUUCCAGGACAGAGUUCACCUAAGGUUUUCAAAGGAAAUAAAAACAGGGACAGCAUUGUUUAUCACAAAUUAAACCCACCCAUCAAAGCUCGCUACAUCAAACUCAGACCAACAGCAUGGUAUGGUCACAUAUCACUAAGGAUGGAGUUGUAUGGUUGCUCAGCAGCUUCCGGAAUAAAUGUCCUCUGCGACGAUAAAAAUAUGACCAUUGUCAUCCCAAAGUUCCUUAUCCGUGGUCUUGAUCCAAAGAAUCUUCGACUCCUGGACACCAAAUGUAAAGGGAAAGAAGGACGGACCCACCUUACCGUUACAACACCAUUGACCGGCUGUAAAACAACCAGCAGGUAUACACCUACAGCUAUCAUCUACUCCAACACACUGGAAAUACCCGCGGCCGCUAACAGUGCCGUGACACGCGUGCGUGACAUAAAAGUGCAGUUUAGCUGUUAUUAUUCCACUCAUGGUGUAGUUUCAUCGCUUGGCUGGAAACCAAUAAACACUACGCUUGAAUUCCAUGAUAUGGCAGCCAAAGGGAACUUGAAACUGUCGUUGAGAAUGUUUCACAGCAAGAGAUUCGUGAAACCUUACCUGAAAAAUGAUUUUCCUGUUGCUGUGAGGCUGCAUCGACGAUUGUUCUUUGAGGUAUCUACGGCAACAAAUGACAAAAAGCUGUCAAUCAGAGCGGAUCAAUGUUAUGCCACGCCUACCCAGGAUCAAAAGAACUCUCUGAAAUAUGAGUUUAUAAAGAAAGGCUGCCCAAGUGACGUAACAGUGAAAUAUCAUUCAGCACCUUCUUCGAAUGCUCAGCGGUUUAGCGUGGAAGCCUUCAAGUUCAUCGCUGCUCAUCCCUUUGUUUUCGUCCACUGCCAUGUGACUGUAUGCAGUGCAACCGACCCACGCUCCAAAUGCUCAAUGAAAUGUCCCUUAAGUGGCCGAGGAAAACGUGAACUGAGUGAUAGCGUGACUUAUGACGUGCACUCUUUAGUCCAGGGCCCCCUGCACCUGGCGCACGAGAAACGAAAGGAGAACCACGGGACAAUUCUAGAUGAGACUGGUUCCCAGUCCAGACUUUCUGGAGGCUCCGUCCGCUGACAGUCAUCAAAAGUAGCUUCAGACUCAUUUACACUUGGACUUGACCUGGACUUGAAUCACUGAAGGAUGUUUGAGCUGGAUAUUCGUGUACAAGGUGUUUCACAAGUUCGUGUCCGUUUCUCUACAAGCCUAUCUCACUUAUUUUCGAAUUCUGGAAGCCGUAUUUCUAAGAACAAUUACUCGGUUUUACUUACUUUUACGAAGUUGGAAAGUCAUUCAAAAGUUGAGAAAAUCACAGAUUUAAAAUCAUACUCCUGCAUCAGACUUGGCCAACCAACCAAUAAAAUGCUUAAAAGCACUCGCUUUUCACUUAAAGGUUUUUUCUUUUCUUAAAUUUUACCUCGGUGUCGACCUGCAGAAAAUUAGAAAGAAGUUUUCUUUUCAUUUUUUAUCUGAAAUAUCUUUUUCAUCUCAAGGUAUCUAGUUUAGAAGAAAUGUUUUAAUCCUUAUCCUCUUAUCUCUUGUGCAUCUCCAGCUCAAGCUUACCUUUUAUUUUUUAGAAGCUGAAUGAUCUCAAAAACUAAACUUUUGACGACAAAGAUAUACGAAAUAACGACAACAACAAACAAACAUAACAAAUAACUUAGAAACAGUUUUGAUAGUUCAGUUCGGUUUUUGAGAUUACUCGCUGAUCUAACCCACACCGGACUGUCAAAAAGAUAUGAUUUAUGUAAGGUUGCUUGCGCUUAUAUUAUUUUACAUUUUGUAUGACGGGAUGAGAAAACUGGCUCUUCAACCAGCUGUUAGACCAAAAGGGGUUGUGACUGAAGGGAUUUUAAACCUCUUUUAUUAACUCGUGUAUUUUUUAGUUCGUCUUUAGAGGAGCUAAUACUUUCUUAACGUAGAAAGGCAUUUGAAAUGGAAGAAGAGCGCUAAAACUAGUUUGGUGAGUUCUACAAACACCUUAACUUGUAGCUCAUUUCUUGGAGACGAAGAUGGUUUAAGGUUGGCCAUAUUAAGAAGCUUUGCAGGUGAUCAAGUUGAAAAUUGACUGCGAUAAGCUUUGAAGUAUUUGGGAUCAAUUCGAGGUUUUAGGAUUUUCUGUGGUGAUGAAGACUUAUUGGGGAACAUCAGCUGGUUGACAGAACUUCUUAUCUCGAAUUCAAUAUUUUAGUUUAUAGAACUGGUGAAGGGAAAUGAUGUGGGUGUCGACUUUAACCAGAAAACAAACGUACUACGCUUACAUACCCGAUUAACUGGCUGUUACGAGAGCAUAACUUUGUCCUUAGUGGAUAAAGUGUUUCCAUCUUGGAAACUUUCUACUCGAGACAUUCCUGUUAUGGUUUUCAGUUGAUACUCAGGUAUCCUGCCGGUGUGCUGUUGCUUAAAAAAAAAAUAAAUCGAAGAAACAGAA